AUGUCAUUUGCUCCCUUCUUGCCCCCCUCUUUUCCAAAUCCCAGGAUAAUCGAGUUCCCAGCCCUAGUUUCUAAAUCUUUUAACCACUCUGCUCUCCACCUCUCCCUCUCUCACACUCUCUCUUCCUUCCUCCCUUUCAUCCCUCCUCUGGUUUUAUCUCUCAUCUCUCUGUCUGCCUCUCAUCAGACAGGAGACUACUUCUUUCAGAAUAUUUGUACUGUGCAUUUGUAGCUUUUGUUUUUGUUCCAAGAUGAUUUGGACUAAAGCCAUCAUAGCAUCUUUAUUGACAAGCUUCAUCAUUUUGUCAAUUUCCAUUGUGGUGGAGAGUGCAGUGGUGGACAGUGAUGCAAAAACAGACACACAAACAGCAGCGGGGCGGCAGGUGUUUAUGGCCGAAUCAGAUGCUUCAAACUUUUUCAAGCGUCGCAGCCGUCGGUCAACCUAUGCAGAGCGAAUAGCUGAGCAGAGAGUGUACAUCGCCAACAAUGAGAGACGAAGGGAGUUCAACGAAGAGCAGAGGAAUGAGCACGAGAACUAUCUGGAAGAGGACAGAGAUGAACAACUGGAGAGAACUCGGGAGGUGAAUGAACAAUAUCGGGAGUUUCACUAUGACGGGCUGUAUCCACGAUCCCGCUGGUUUCACUAAGGAUGCUCACAACAGAUCAGAACAAACAAACAUGGAUCUAUGACUACAACAAUUGUAUCUAUAUAUUGUAAAUGCCCAUUGUAUAUUCCAUCUUUUAUGUUUUGCAUGUCUGUCCUGUCCUGCCCACAUGUGUAUUAUAAACACCACUCCACAUUUAUUAAAAAGUAAUAUUUCUAAACAAAAAAAAAACAGCAAAUGCAUUUUUUCUUUCCCCCUGAAA